AUGCGUUGGUGUUUCAGUGGAGGUCAUAUUUCACCACCUCCGCCACCACAACGAAAAUUCUUUAAUCCAUCAACAUCAUCAACGGCUGGAUCUUUAUCAAGUUCCAAUGAAGUUACGUCAAGUGAUGAGGAUCACAGACGACUUAAAAGAGCAGAAAAAUCGGAUUCGUACACAACGAGGACAUCAAAUCGACCAUCACUUGCACCAAGGCCAAAAUUUGAUGAUCAAAAUAUUUCAACUUCAUUGAAUGACAAAAAAGAAAGCCCACAAAGAUUGCAAAAAUUAAAUAGGAUGGACAGUGACGGUGAUUCUGUGGACAGUAUCGCACGAAAGCUUCAAAAAAUAGGAACAACUUCAACGGAUGAUGCAUCAUCAAAACUUACCUUAGGCAGAAAUUUUUCAUCAAAAGAACAUGAACUUCACUGGUCAGCACAUUUAGAUUCAGGUACAACCAGUAUUACCGGAGCACAGAAUACCAGUUCAUCUAAUGAAUCUGAAGCGGGUAGUGCUGUUGUUAAUAUAACUACCAUUCCACACGAUGAACUUAGUUCAUCAUCGCCUUCUUCUUCCGGAAUUGUUGUUGAUAUGAACGACUCCAAUGGUGAAAGUAAUCAGAGAACAUCAGCAACAUCAUCAUUAUCAUCAUGUGAACCAUCAACCGAUCUAACUGAAUCAAAUUUCGAUGCUUCACGUGCGGGAAGAACUUGUCGAUCAUGGAUAGAUGAUCCAUUGUCGCUGACGCAAGAUUAUCGUGGACAGCGACAACCAGCAGAUCACUUUAAUGGUAUUGAAGGAGCAAUCGGUACAGUUCAACGUUCCCAAUUUGAACGAGUUCGUGAACCCUGCGGCCUAAUGAUGACAGCAUUGGAAGAGAAAAAUGAGCCAAAUGACAAAUCCAUUUUACAAGGCGUUCUCAACAGUUCCAACAUAACCUCUCCUACUGAUCUAGGAGCUACCGGUGGUACUGAGGCACGACUUAAUCUUUCUCUCACUUUGAAUAAUCAACGAGGUUUUAUACAACGUUCUAAUAGGAGCUCAUCAAUACCACCUGAAAGUAUGCGUGGUAAUAGACACACUCCGGAGGAUCGUUUCAAGCGCAGCGAAAGUAUCGCACCCGAACAAAUAAAUCAGCGCCGUUUGCCAGAUAGUGGUGGAAAUAAUUCAACAAAUGAUGAAAAUAUUAGGAAGCAACUUAUUUGCUCGAAACUUGUUGAAAACUAUCGAUAUAUCGAAAAUAGUGUCGAAAAAUUAAAUAAGUGUACGGCAGCACGUGCAUGGCGGCAACCGCAUAUCCUACAACAACAUAUUUUUGAUAUCAAAGAACAUGUGGGAAUGAUUGCAAGUUCAAUGAAUGGUUUUCUAGAUGCUGCAUGCCGUAUUGCUAUCGAUGUUAUUAAUCCGAAAAGCGAAGAAUUGAAACAAUUACUUCCACCACUGAAAAGCUCAACUGCUAUCAUAACCCAAUUGAAACAAAAUUUGGACAAUACUGGUUGGACACUUAGUGCCCUAUCACGACCGCGUAACAUCUAUGGAACAACAUCGGGAAGUGAUGCUUUAGAUCAAUUCCUUGCUGUUAUCAAGCAGUUGCCAAUCGAUUGUUGUAAACUGAUACAAUGGGCAUUGCUGGUGGUACCAUCAUCUGGUGUUCGUUUCUUGACGAAUGGUUUGAAAGAUUCAUUAAGCUCUGAUAAUAUCACCACAAGCAUUUAUAAGUCGCAUGAUGAUCCCUUAUUAAGGACAUGUGAAACAAGUGGUAGAACAACGAUUGGAACGGGUUUAAAAAGACAAUCGGGAACGUCAACUUCUUCAACGAUGACUAUUUCAAGUUUGAAUGAUACGCAAACACCACAAUCAAUUUUGGCUUCUCGUACAACUUUUGGCCCAUCAACUACAACAACUAGUAAACAAAAUCGUGUAACAUUUGCGGAUGAUCUAACUACUUCACACCGAUUAUCGGAUUCAAUUCUGGAAGCACAUAUUCUGGAAGAAGAUGAUUUAGAAUCAGUGAUCAGUGAUCGCGAUAGCUUCUAUCAGGACUCAACAAUUGAAGCUGAAGAUACUGAAGUGGUAAGUCGUAAAAUGACACCGAUAACGAAUUUACCACCAUUAUCACAAUUGAAUAUAGAGGUGAUAAAAUCGUUGUCCGAUGAUGACAGACAAUUGAUUGAAUUUUAUUCACCACAAUUAGAUGCACACACUGAAUUCCUUUCGAAGGCAAUUGAAGAAUUCUUGACUGUAAUUGAAAAACAAAUGCCACCUCAUGAAUUUGUUCAGAAAGGAAAACUGAUAAUACUUACUGCACAUAAAUUAAUUUAUAUGGCUGAUACAAUUGCGGAGUGUAUUUCGUCCGGUGAUGUUAGCAAAGAAGUGAAACACGCAGCUGAUCGAUUACUUGAUGUAUUGAAAACAUGUGUUCAGGCUACCAAACAUGCUGCUGAUGAGUACCUAUCAGUAUCAGCUGUACAAUCAAUGGCUAAUUGUAUUGUGACAGUGUCACGUGCUGCAUAUGAUUUGAAAUUACUUGUGAAACAAUGUUGUAGUAACAGUUAG